UUAAGUGAAGAGCAGCAUGUGCUGUAUUUUCAAUAUAAAAUUCCUUUUACAGCAAGUCAAAUUCUAUUCUGGAAAUUGUAAGUGAUUAUUUCAAACUUUACAAACAUUUUAAACAAGUAAAAACGGACUUGAUACGAAUGUCAUUGCAAUUUAUCUUCCAACACAUUAGGGGGAGCUGUUAGUGGACUUAAAUAAUCACGUGACACAACACGGAACUCGUGAUGAGUAUUUUGCAGAAGUUGGCUUAAUGAGGAAUACCUUGAUUAUAUAUGCGACGAAACCUUGACGGAAUGUUAAGGAAAAACAUAGAGAAUGCAUAUCGAUGAAGCCUGAAGUUUGAGCCGUAAUGGCGUCCGGCUGGGUGGAGAGGGUUUCCGCUUUCUGCGGCAGUCCGAGCCGCUUCCUCUGCGGGACAAGCUCGGAGGUUUUUCUCGCCGAGCUGCUCCGAGAGCUCCGGGAUGACCGAGCAAACUACAACGUUAAGGUCCUCCUGUUGUCUCCUCUGUGCGAGUACCCAGCUCUGUUGUGCCCCUCAGACUCUGUCGGGGAGGAGACAGCCUUGGAGCUCAUGUCCAUCUUUGCCCAAUCUCCUCCCAAGUUUGUGCAUUUUCGCUCUCAGCUCCUCGUGGCCCUCACCUGCGUCCUCACCUGCUCUCCGGAUGCGAGCAGUCGCCUCAGAGCAUUCCCAGAUUUCCUGGAUCUUCUCCUUCAGCUGGCUCAGGACACCAGCGACCUUCACGGCGAUGCGGCCCAGCGCUCGCUCCGGGCCACGGCGUGCGACUGCCUUCGUGAGAUGGAGGUGCUCUACCCCGGCCUCCUUUCCCAGCGCCUUGAGCUGUUGGGUGCACUCCGGCAUCAAGAAACCUCCAGGCUGCAUCAGGCCUAUGCAGGGUUGCAGACUCUGGUCUUAAGAAAUGUAGUCUAUCUGCUCACCGGAGAGAAAGAAGCAGGUGCUGUGCAUUUAAAAGCCCUCUUGGGAGGAAAUGAGUCCGUCGGAUGGGAAGCAGACCAGAACCUCGGCGCAGCGAGCGGCAAAAACUCAACGCCCCUGUCCUCUGUAAUUCUGACACCGAUGGGUACAAUCCCGACCCUUCACACCGGACCAGACUGUAAGGAGCUGCGCUCGGUCCUCUCCUCCCUGCUGGAGGAGUCCUACCUUUUUACCCCUCUGAGCCAGGCUGAACGCUUAUACAGGCUCACAGAAGUGGUUGCCAUGGUGCCGGCCAUCCCCCCUACCAUAUUCAGAGCUCAGCUGCUGCGGCUGCUGGGAACCAGUGAGGUGUCGCUCCUUCACACCACCCUGCUGAUGAAAAGCGCCUUCACCGACAGUCUGUUCAGCUCCGAGGACGAGGCGUUUCUCCUCAAGCGGCUGGUUGUCCUCUCGCAGCACCCGCUCCUGAGCGCGCCGGAGAAGCUCUUCUACAUGGACUGCAUCCUGCACUUUCCGGAGAACCGCCCGAUCAGCUGCGGCGACAGCGACGAGGCCCUCCCGGUGCUGCUGACCCCCCGGCUGGCCUCAGCUCUGCUGCCCGUCGUGUUCAACGACAGCGCCACCCUGCUGGCCCGCUUCAACCUGCUGUCUCUGGUGUACCUGGAGGCGGGGGAGGAGGAGGAUGGCCGGGGACUGGAGUACCUGUAUGACCACCUGACGUCUCUGCUGCGGAUCGUGGAGAGCGGGGGCAAGCGGGAGAGCAUCGUUACUUUAUUCAGAGCGGCUUUCCUCUUCCUUUUUCACUUUCACCACGUUGAGCGUUACUGCGACAACCUGAGCCAGCAGCUGUGCCAGCUCUACCUCCAGCACACCCGCUUCGCCCCCCACCUCAUCAACCUGGCCAAUCAGACCCAGGAGAAGCUGCCCGACUCCCCCUGGGCGUUUGGGCUCCUGAAAGCCCUGCAGAGGGUCAUUUCCCAGACCCCCCUCAGCCAAGUGACCCGACAUGACCUCAGCUGGCAUCUGAAGGUGCUGACUCGAGCGGCGGAGGAGGGAGAGAUGUCGCAGCACGCCACGCUCCGCUUUCUGUCCGGCGUCAUCACGCCGUCCUCGUUGAGUUGGAGCGCCGAUUGGCGCUUGGGAAAUGGCAUCCUGGGAGUUUGCCGCCGCUUGCUGGUCCACCCCAGCCUGGACUCCAUCCUCAUCCCUCUGGCCGACGUUCUCCAGCAUCUCGCCGGUCACUACGGCGACACGGACAUCCGGGACCACGCCCGCCUCUACUACACUCUCCUCACCACUCUGUCCCGGGAGAAGCUGGCCACCGUGCUGGCUCAUCACGCCGAGGGGGGUCAGCAGGUCAAGAAGCGAACGCUGUCCUGCCUUAUGACUGAGGGAGAGGGGCUAACGAGCAUCCUGACCAUCCAUGAGACGGAGGCCGCCAUAUUUAGACUGAUUGAAACUCAUUGGGAACAGCCAGAAGCCGAAGACCUCAUCCAGGACGAGACGGAGCGAGGAGAGGCCGACUUAGAAACGUACAGAGCUCAGUUUGGCGAUGCCGCCUUUGCCUCACAAGUCACCCUGAAGUUCCUGCUGACUCACACAGAGACUCGAGACGCUCGCUUCGAUCAGCUCUUCAGCAUCCGCCUCCACUUCAGCCUCACCGACGACCACUACAGCGAGCUGCAGGACCUCAGCGUGCCGUGUCUCUUCAGGGAGAGGCCGCCGCCUGUCGUGGCGCUCACGCUAAAGCCCAAGCAGCCCUACCCAACCAGCCUUCACGUCAGCGCCAUCUUCACCACUCAAGAUGGGCUCACCUGGCACACCACCUUACCAGACAUCCACGUGUGUUUUCAGCAGAUCUUCCUGCCCCUGCCGGCCCCCUCGAGCUGGGGCCGGACUGGGAGGCAGGCCGUCUUCGCAGGUUUGUGGGAGGAAAUCUCCGGUGAAACGGAGGAAUGUGCCAGCAGUCUGUUCUGCUGCCGGCUGGAGGAAGAGGCUCUGAGCGCGCUCGUGGAGAAGCACUUCCUCCCAUUCCUGGUGUCCGAUCCAGCCCACAAAGACCAGUUCAGAGUGCUGCUCUUUCUCCCGCCUCAGUCCCACGUGCUGCUGAAGAUCAGCUCGGAGGAAGACGCGGUGCACUUCAACAUCGCCACCGACAGCUGGCAGCUGCUUCCUCACAUAAACGACUAUCUGCUGGAAAUCACAGCCAGCUGACCGCUACUUUUUUAAGAAAACAACUUUUAACAUUGAAGCUUUCUCAAACUAAAUAGUUGUAAUGAAGUAAUUGCACUUUAAUCAUUUUGACUUCAAAUUAAAAUAUGUGAUCCAGUUUUAA